CAUCUAGGCGCUGCCGGAAGCGUAACGGCAAUAAAAAUUCAAAAAAGCUAAAAUCUAGUUUACUAAGGAUCCAAAGGAUCCUUAGUAAAUCUAGCGAGAACCUCUCCCUAGCUCAAGAAAUUGGCCAAGAAGUUGUGAAGAAAACCUUGGCUAAGCAUACAGACCACUGUAGCUUAUUAGGAAAUAUGCGAAGGGAGAACAUCCAGAUAUUUGUAAGGAACCUGAACCAAGACCUCAUUUGCAUCAGGCCGAGCUACAGACAUAAGAGGUUUUUAAAGUCGAGCCUUUCCUUGAACAAGAGCUUUGGGGAUGGUAAAGUAACUCCUCUCGGAGGCACUGCCAUUCUUCCUCAACACAAAGAUGCUAUUAACCCUGGUGAGAUUAAUGAUGCAUGUCCUCUCCCCAGACCGAUGGAAGUCCGGCCUCUUAAAUCAUGGCACAAAAAAGAGCCGCAGAGCAAGGAAAUUUCGAGAGAAAUCUAAGGAAUCAACUUGUGAGAAAGGGAAAGACCAGGCAAUUCACAAAACAGCCGUUUGAAAUAUAUUAAAGAAGGCUGGAAAAAGUACCAAAUAUCAUAAUUAGCCCAGAGACUGAGCUUGAGGAUCCUUCCAUCAAAUCUGGUACAGUCAGCGCUUGCAUAAAAACUCUUGAGAAAGAGACCCUGCCGGGCCCAUCUCUCAAGCUAUGAGGUACGAGUACGGGGAUUUAUCCAUUCCUUAAGAAAUUCCAAGGGCGAAAUAUGAGCCUCGAGGCCAGAAAAUCAUAUGAAGCUAGUCAAGGAGAUGAGUAUGGGAAAAUUUCUUCAGGAAGAACCAGCAAUCGUUCCAGAGAUACGAAGUUAUUCAGAAAAAGAGUUGUUUCGAAAUUCGGGAGAAACUAUACUAAGCCUCAAGAAUCAGCAAACACUAGUUCUGUUAAAACUGAUAAUCCUGCCAAAGCAUCUCUUAAGAAGCCCCCUAAAAUCCCUGAAUUACGUAUCAAUAAGCUUGUGGCCAUCAAUGAGGAGGUAGAGAGACCCAUGAAUUGCUUCCAGGAGGCAUUAACAAGCACGGAUGCUUCUCGAGACUUCUCAAAAGACAAUGUGUUUUCCUCAUCAUCUCUCUUUCCAAAGUUCAAGUACCUCAACUAAUCUAAGCUUUGGUACAUAUAAUGACCAGCAGCAGGCAAAAUCAAUCAUGAAUUCAUAAGAAGGGGUUUUGG